AUGCCCACAGAUAUUCCUGUUUGCCGGAUUUGCCGGUGUGAAGGUACAGAUGAUGCACCUUUAUUUCAUCCCUGUAAAUGCCGUGGAUCAAUUAAAUAUAUUCAUCAAGAGUGCUUGGAAUCAUGGCUGAAACAUUCACACAAAGAACGUUGCGACAUUUGUAACGCUCCAUACACAUUCAAAACAGUGUAUCAGCCAGAUACACCAGAAGUUCUACCUUUUCCUCUUAUUAUCGGUAGAGCGUUUUCCCAUUUCAAAGUAAUUUUGUACCACGCCUAUCUUAGCAUACUUACUCUUGUGUGCAUAGUGAUACAGGUACCAGUAUUUGUCUCCUGUGUGGACAGGUAUCUUGAUUGGCUUAUUGGCUGCACUGUUCCAUAUUCAGAUUACGUCUAUGGCUUUUUAUACGGCGAGGAGAUACCAGGAAGAACACCUAGUGAUUUGACAGAUAAUUUUCAAAAACUACAAUUGAUUUUCGAUAAUACGUGGUUAAAGGGUCUUAUGACGAUUAGUAAAUACACACUUGCAUUGGGAUCUAUGAUGCUCAUCCAGGGAUCGGUACUCAGUGAUGAAGGUUUCAACAAAAUUAUCAAAAAGAAAAUAGGGCCAGAGCCUCGGAUGCAUCAGAUAUUUGAUAUAUUGCAUCAACGACAACUUCGAAGAUUAAAUCAACAAAAUGAAAAUGGUGUGGUAGAUGAGGGUGAUAUUGAUGGCCAUAACAAUGAAAACAAUGAAAUGGAUCCGGAAGAUAUUCAAGAACUCGUUCAUAUUGCGAACAGAAUGCUUGAAGAAGAGCACCGUAAUAAUCCUGAUAGGAAUCAUGAUUUACCCGCUCAAUUUCGUGCCAACGACGAUAAUUUACUUGCUGAACCUGCGAUGAAUGAAGAUAUUAAUGAUGAAGAUGCUGCCGUUCAAAAUGACAAUGUGGGUCGUGAGGAAAACAAUGGCUUCUUCAAUGGUAGAAAAGGUCCUAUAUUUGUUCUUCAGACAACUGCAUUUAUUGAUGUUGCUGUACCAGGUGUUUUAAUUUGCUUGAAAACAAUUCCUACUUUAUUGGGUAUGAUAACCGUCGGAAUAGCUGACAUGGCUAUAAGACUUCUGCUUUCAUUACUAACAAAGGCAUCAACUUUCUUACACGCCUACAUUCCCAUUUCAAAGUCAUUUUACGAGUUAAAGGCUCCGAAUACCGUGAUGCAGUUGUACAAUUGGAUUUCAGAGAAAGUCGUGGUUCAAAAGAUUACUGGGUUCUUUCUUUCGAAUUUUGUUUAUCCAUGUGAAAAUGCGUACUUGAAUACGAUUAACUGGACGCCAACUACCAAUUUGUUCGAGCGAAGGGCUACUGUUAUAAUUGGCUUUAGUGUUGUUCUAUCCUUGAUACUUUUAAUAAUGCGUAAAAUGGAAAGCGUUUGCAGUCAAAGCAAUCCUUUAUCGGGCGGCUAUCGUUCAAUAUACACGGUUCUUUUGGAAUUGGUGUGUGUGCUAAAGAUUUUCGCUCUUGUCAUGAUCGAAUGGCUAGUGUUUCCAUUAUUUUGUGGAUAUCAGGUUGAGUUCGCUUUAGUGCCAUUUUUCAAUGAAAACUUGUACACCUACAAAAUAGAGCCGCCACUUUUUGGAACACUUGAUUUUAGCUAUGUGCCAUUAUGGUUCAUCGGUACAUUCUUCAUGUACUUCUUUGCUGCCUUCGUCAGUAUGAUUAGAUCAAAUAUAUUGCGGGAAGGUGUUCUUUUCUUCAUUCGUCCAUCAGAUGACCCAAAUAUCAGGCUUAUACACGAUGCCCUAAUGAGGCCAUUCUUACUCAAACUUAGUCACAUUGGCUUAUCUGCAAUAAUCUACAGUUUAUACAUACACAUCGAAUUUACGAUUGUUACUUGGGGUAUCAGGCUAUUUUCCCCUGUAAAGAUAUUACCAUCCGUUACAAGGGCUUCAAACUUUGAAAGACUCGGAUAUCUUGCUCUUUUCUUUGUUGGAUCCUUUUCAAAGGACAAAAUUAUUGACUAUUGGAAGUUUGUGUUCAAGUAUUCUUGCUCAAUACUAAGGUUAUCAUCCUUCCUAUUAGGGGAAAAAAUACCGUCUGAAAGAGGUCACGUUCUUUACAGGAACAAGCUGAAUCACGCCCUACACUUCCAUGAAAAGCCAGACUUUUCAAAUCCAGUUACCGAGCAUGAGGCGGGAAAUUUCUUUAAAGAACACAAAGAGGUCAAUUGCUGCUUUGUUCCAGACGGAAAUUACGUGAGAGCACCUGAUAAUGAUCAGGUUGGACGUAAAUUUGUUAGGACAUUAUUUGUACCAGUCACCAAGGAUGACAAAUUGCUAGCUCCAAUUCCUCCUCUAGUGGAUGAUGAAGAAAAGUACAAUCCGUACGGUGAUGAGGAGCCAUUGAAUGCAACUACUUACACUGUUGUUUACCGCCCUCCAAAUUUCAGAAAGCGGGUAUUCUCACUUUUUGGAUUGAUGUGGACCUUUUCAAUGCUAAUUACGCUAUUCAUAUAUGCUUUCUGUAUCUUUGUUGGCAUUCUUUUUGAACUUUGUAUGUCCUUUGGUGAUAAAUCAACGAAUUGGGGUUUAGAUUCAGAUAUCUUUACCCUAGAUGUCUGGAAAAGUACAAUUGUUGUCUGUAUGAUAGUGACACUCGGAAAAGUUUUUGAUAUUGCGACACACAUAAUGACAGAGCAGCAGAGCAAGCCAGCAGAUAAUGAGGAGUUACAAAAUGAGGAUGAAAAUAACAAGGUGCCUAAAAUUAAUGAGUAUACUUCCAUUAUAAUGAAAGUGACAAAACAUAUCUUUUCUCGAUGCAGAACAAUUUUGGUACAAGCGGCUCCAUAUGUAAAAAUGGGAUUCACUUUUGUGAUGCAUUUGCUUACGGAGGUAAUCAUUUUGAUCUUUGGUUUACUUUUGCCAGGAAACUACUUUGAUGAGUAUUUAGCGGGUAUGCCAAAUCAACAUGGAGGCUGGGUGUUGCAGUUAUAUAGGGUGCUUCUUGCAGGUUUGACUUCCAUAUCGAUGAAUUAUGUUAGUGGCCUUGUGAUAUCCUUUAACCCGAGAUUAUCAAUUUCAUUUAAAAUUAGGCAUCAAAUCUUCAUUGUCAGCUUUUUGAUUGCAGCUAUAUGGCUAACGAACGCAGCAAUUUAUGCUUGGAAACAUCCAGAUGAUAAUUUCCAUUGGCUACUUUCUCCUCCAUUGGAGAAUGAAGGAACUAAAUUUAGUCCAAUGAUAAAAUAUUGGGUCUCCCUAGCAACUCAAAGUAUGACCAUUAGACUAUGCAAUAUCCUUUGCUUCUCUAUCUGGAUAAUUUUCUUAUUGAUUGUGUUUAUAAAGAAAGCACGCGCGUUUUUCAAUGAAGUCAAUAGUCAAUUAAAGGAUGAAUACUACAGUCGUGGUAAAGUUCUUGCCAAUGCAUCCGAUGAUAGUCAGGAUACUACAAAUACUUUAGAAACAACCGAAAUCAAUCGGGAAGAGUGA